CCCGGCUCUUGGAGAGACCAGAGUCAUUCCCAUCACCAGUCAGACCGCAGACACAUCACAGGGUAACUGAAUGUUGCACAACAAGAGGAUGACCCUAAAAAAAGAGAAGGAUUGAUAUAUAAAAAGAAACAGACAAACACCUGAGGACCGUUGCAACAUGGAGGAGUGCGCAGAGAGGGUGAGCUCCUUCACCUUCACUUGGUACCAAGAUACAAGUUGGAUGUACGCAGAAGAAAUGUGGAUUUUGCGGGACUGAUUUUUUUUUUUUUUUCUUCUUUUUUAAUUAUUAUUCCUUUCAAUUUGAGUUUUUUUUUUUUUUUUUAAAUUUUGGAUCUGGUGCUGUUCCAGAGAGGAGCGCACACUAUCUUUAACUGCGCCUCUUGCCUCACUAACCCAUGCAGGGAUCGCACUGCCAGAGACACUUUUAGGUGGGUGGCACCAAAUAACUCUUGAAUGUUUUGGAAAGCUGAGCUGUCGUUUUGCUGCGUGCACACAAAUGGUUCACGCGAACUAAAGCAAAAGGAGAAAAAAAAAGAAGAAAAAAGGACCUUGCAUCUGGAUUACAGCCUUGGACAUGUCAGCAUAAAAAAAGAUGUCGAAAUGGACUUUUGAAUGAUUUCCUUUUUUUUUUGGCUCAACACUCAGGUGCAAAUCUGGUGCCAUGUAGGAAACAGGGAGAUGCAUUUAAAGAAAUAAAAAAAAAAAAUACUAAUAAAACACCUAGUAGCUGUGGGUGGAUGCGCGUCGAUAACAGGCAACACCACGGACACGCCUAGAGGAUCAUUAAACAAAUCAGAUAAACGCAGCGCGAAAAACCAUCAAUAGAAGUUAUUGAUGAGGUGGUAUAUAAGGCUAAUGAUCGGCCGAGCCUCUGUUUACUCAACAGCUCUGCAACAAUAUGGUGUGAAACUUUCCUGCAGACCAGAAAAGGGACUUUUUUUUAACACAAUUGUCACUGCUGCUUUACACUAUUUGGUGACUACACAGUGCUGAUUGGAGACAUAACUGCCAACAACAGCUGGAAUAUCCCUCCUCCUCCUUCAAACUAGAAUGUCUGCCGCCUGUGCUGCUGCUGCAGGAAUUUAUGAACCAGGCAUCUUUUGGGAGACAGUUUUCUUUCUGAAAUAUUUAUAGCAGCUCUCGUGCAAGGAUGGUGGUUGUGACAAAGAGCCUAUGGAUGACCCAGUCUGUGGGAGAGCUGGUGCCGAGACAGUUGACCUCUCCACCAGCUACGCCGUCCGUCUGAAACUCCUCUCCGGAGAGGCACAGCCGCUGCAGGCUGGGGAUGUGAUGGGGUGACUGCUAAGACACCCCCCAUCACCCACUCCCCCUAUCUCACUUUACUAGCAGUGCAACAUAAAACAAUGGAUCAGAAUUUCUCAACGGUUCGAGAUGGAAAGCAGCUGCUGCCGGAGCGAGACUCGUCCAAACGCGUGCUGACGGGAUGCUUCCUCUCCCUCCUCAUCUUCACCACGCUGCUAGGCAACACGCUCGUGUGCGCCGCCGUCACCAAGUUCCGGCACCUGAGGUCGAAGGUCACCAACUUCUUCGUCAUCUCGCUGGCCAUCUCGGACCUCCUGGUGGCCAUCUUGGUCAUGCCGUGGAAGGCGGCGACCGAGAUCGUGGGGUUCUGGCCUUUCGGCGCCUUCUGCAACGUGUGGGUGGCGUUCGACAUCAUGUGCUCCACCGCUUCCAUCUUGAACCUGUGUGUGAUUAGUGUAGACCGUUACUGGGCCAUCUCGAGCCCGUUCCGCUACGAACGCAAGAUGACCCCGAAAGUGGCUUGUCUGAUGAUCAGCGUGGCGUGGACCCUGUCAGUCCUCAUCUCUUUCAUUCCUGUUCAGCUCAACUGGCACAAAGCUCAGACCACCAGCUACGCUGAGCUAAACGGGACGUACAUCGGCGACCUGACCCCUGACAACUGCGACUCCAGCCUUAACAGGACCUACGCCAUCUCCUCCUCCCUCAUCAGCUUCUACAUCCCCGUGGCUAUCAUGAUCGUCAUCUACACCCGGAUCUACCGCAUCGCCCAAAAACAGAUACGGAGAAUAUCCGCCCUGGAGCGGGCGGCGGAGAGUGCCAAAAACCGCCACAGCAGCAUGGGGAAUAGUUCGAGCAUAGAGUGCGAGAGCUCAUUCAAAAUGUCGUUCAAGCGAGAAACCAAAGUGUUAAAGACGCUCUCGGUCAUCAUGGGAGUGUUUGUGUGCUGCUGGUUGCCCUUCUUCAUCCUGAACUGCAUGGUUCCGUUCUGCGAGCCCAACUUGCCGGACGGCGCCACGGACUUCCCCUGCAUCAGCUCCACCACCUUCGACGUGUUCGUGUGGUUUGGCUGGGCGAACUCCUCGCUCAACCCCAUCAUCUAUGCCUUCAACGCCGACUUCCGCAAGGCCUUCUCCAUCCUCCUGGGCUGCCACCGGCUGUGCCCGGGGAGCAACGCCAUCGAGAUCGUCAGCAUCAACAACAACAUGGGCGCCCCUACCUCGAACCCCAACUGUCAGUAUCAGCCCAAGAGUCACAUCCCGAAGGAGGGCAACCAUUUGGCCAGCUACGUGAUCCCCCACAGCAUCCUGUGUCAGGAGGAGGAGUUACAGAAGAAGGACGGCGAGGUCGAGGUGGGCAUGGUAAACAACGCCCUGGAGAAACUCUCCCCGGCCAUUUCUGGGAAUUUAGACAGCGAUACUGAGGUCACGCUGGAAAAGAUCAAUCCCAUAACACAGAACGGACAGCAUAAAAACGUGUCAUGUUGAGAGAAAGAUGGAUUCGGAGUACACCGAGGCAUGUAUGUACGCACAAAGGGAAGAGAAGCUUACACAGGAGGACAGAACCUGACAGGGAAAACAGUGAGUGGGAUAUACAGGACUUUAAGACUGUCAACAAAAAUCGACACGGAAAAAACCUACAGAAUGUUUUAAAGUAAAGGCACUUUAUCCUGGAUAUAACUAUCUGCAAAAUACUCUCAGCAUUUAUUGAUGAAAUUGACACAUUUGAUGAUAAAUGUUGAUAAAUGUGAAUAUUAAAGCAGAACACUAUAGCUUCGUGCACAUGUAUACAUUUUUCUGUUUACAAAGAUGUAUACAUCUGCAUGUGUAUACUGUACAGUACAGACACAAUCCUGGAAGGAAGGACUUAAACAAAGUAUAUACAGUGGAGGAAGAUGUAGUAAACUAUUAGCAAAAUGUCUCGUAGGUAGGUGCUUUGUGUGUGUUUCAUGGACGAGAGAGAGAGCAAUGUGGGUAAAUUGGUUUUUCGGAAAUUAGUUGUUUAUUGCAGUUAUUUCUCUUCAGUACAUUUCUAAUGACAAUUUUAUUGCGAGAUCAAAACACCUCAGACACCAAAGUAACAAUAUUCUGAUCAAUCUAAACUAGGCAGAUAAUGGAGUUCAGUACCGUAAGCCAAGUCAUAUAUUUAUAAAUAUUUCAUUUUUACACCCCCCCCCCUAUGUUAUCUCGCAGUAUCUCCAGAUUAGAAAAAGUCACUCCUGGUUUACUUUCCUUCCCUUGUACCCUGUUCUAACCCAUCCUCAGUCAUGCCCUCCGGGGACCGAUCAGACCGGCUCCUCCUGAAGUUUCCUCCGUUUCUUCUCCCUACUUCCUGUUUUCAUUAGCUUCGUCUCCGCUCUCUGCCGCUCUUCAGCAAACCCUCCCUAGGGCCCUACAGUCUCCUCUCCUUUCCUUUUUCCUGCUCCCCUUUCCUCAGUCAGCAAAGUCCCUUCUUCCCUCGCGCUGCCCUUAUUUCUUCUCUUUUCUCUACCUUCCCCACCGUUCCCUCAGUCAGCACGGUCCUUUACACCUGCACCUUCCUUUUAUGUUUGUCUUUCUCCGUCUGCCUCCUCAUCAUCUCCUCUGGCAGCCCUCCAUUUUAAGUCUUUACUCUGCCCCACUUAAAGUGGUACUUAUUAUUCUAUUUUUGGCCAUAAUUUAAAAAGAAUGUAAAUCUGUAAACUAAAAUUUCCGCAUUUGGACAGAGGAGGCAGCAGCAGCAGCAGAGUUCAUUCAUCUGUAAUGCAAGUGACACUUAGUGACCUUUUGCAAACUUGCAGAUAUCUGAUUUAGUAAAUUGCUCAUGCUGGGAGCCAUGCUGUGCUGUAGUGGCGAUGUGGAGCACGCAGUGUGACAGUCGCUCUGUUUACAGGGGUGGAGUCCAAGACAAACCACCACGGUGAGGUUUACCUUCAAGAUAUCCAACAUUGGUUUUAUUGCCACUCCUCUCCCAGUCAAAAAAGAAAUACAAUUACAAUUUAGGGGGUUGAGGUUAGUAAGAAUAAAGUCUUUUACAAAAGGCAAAUUUGAGUAAAUUAGUUCCUAUUAUGAAAUUAUUUUAUAGCAUAGAUUAGCUCAAAAACUACAUUUAAAACAUAUUAUUAAUAGUGCUCAAACAAGCCUUUUGAAAUUGUCAUGUUUGUAAUUAGCCCCACUUUUCGCACUGAUUUGCAUUUUACCGUUCAUUUACAAAAGGUAGUUUCACAUUCAAGGUUGAGUUUGAGAUUAAAGUGAGACUAUGUAACAUUUGCUUAAAGGAACAGUGUGUAACACACAUUUCUAUUAGCAGAAAUGUAAUAUAAUAUUCAUAACUAUGUUUUCGUUAGUGUAUAAUCACCUGAAACUAAGAACCGUUGUGUUUUCGUUAGC